UCGGCAAAUCCAAACAGAUUGCCUUAAUCGAUUGUAUACCGAGCGGGUUCAUUGAACGCUUAAAACAGAGUCAACAGCUAAACUCCCAGGGAAAAAUACCUCUCACAGCGUUGACGCAGCAAGCCUUGUUUCGCUCUGUUACACAGUAUUGGGAAGCUCGCGCUUAAGUUUUAAGAUAUGAGGUUGCUAAGACGCAAGCUUUAGUCCUCCGUGCGAAGGAAUUCCAUUCGUGUGAACGCUGUACCAUGUCACAGGCUUACUCUCAAGUAGUCCCAGAGGCACGGUUUCUUGUUUUAGGGAGCGAAGGAGUCGGAAAGUCAGCCGUAAUCGUCCGAUACUUGACCAGACGUUUUAUUGGCGAAUACCAGUCCAUAAUGGAGUUGACGUAUACACAAAUGCUGAGGCUAGAUGAAGAUUCAACAGGCGUGACAUUCGAAAUUCGAGACACGAUAGAAAGGGGGGACAUCUCGCUGUACGAGUCGAGCAUUCGCUGGGCAGACGCGUUUAUCGUGGUGUACUCCAUAACUGACAAGAACAGUUUUAACACUGCCGUACAGCUCGUCGAGGCCGUGUAUUACGGUAAAGGGACGGACGAAGUGCAUGUCGCCUUGGUAGGGAAUAAGACCGACUUGGAACACUUUCGCACAGUGUCUAAAAAGGAAGGCAAGUCAGCUGCAGAACAGCUCGGUUGUAUGUUCUGCGAAGUGUCAGCCGCCGAGAGUUAUGAGAACGUGCAAGUAGCACUGAACUCACUCUUUCGAAAAGUCUCCAUUCAUAAAAAAUGUCUCAACGAGAAGGAGAAGAAAAGAAACGGCUCCACAUCGUCUUCAUCGGAAAAGAAAAAAUACGGUUUCGGGAACGCCUUGUUUAAGCGAAAAAAUGAACGAAAGGGUGGACAAAGAAGAAUAGAAUAUAUAUGAAGGUUCUUGAAACAGGAUUUUGCUAAAAGAUCCAUCUGAAUUUACCUAAGAUUGGGAAAGGACGAAAGGGUGGAAAAGACACAUACAGUAUAUAAAGGUUCUUGGAAUAGGAUUCUGCGAAAAGCUGAAUUUACCUAUUAUUGGGAAAGGACAAAAGGUGGUAAAAGACGAAAAGAGUAUAUAUAUAUAAAGAUUCUUGAAAAAGGAUACUGCAAAGCCUAUAUGUGAAUUUUAAAAGAUUGGGGAUCGAUGAACGAGUAUGAAGUGCAUAGGCUGCUCUAAAAAUAAGACCGGAAGCCAUUAUUCACUGUUGCAGUUAUCCCUGUCGCACCAGUCCUGCGCAUAUGAGAUGCGUUCGCUUGCGUAUGAAAGGAAUUGGAUUAUAAAUACCAGGGCGUAUACCAGGGGGAAAGCCCAGAGGACCACCCUCUAGAAACCAAAAAUAAAGUAAAUGUAUGACACAUUAUCUAGAAUACAAGAGAAAAUUCCUUGGAAGGGCCUUUUGGCUCUCCUCCUGUUAGAAAUCCUGGCUACGCCGCUAAAUACAUUCAUAGCCCGGCGAGCAGGAACCUAACAUUGGAGAACAUGUUUGCCUAAUAUUUCUGAUUUCCCUCAUAGAACAGCAACUAUUUUGCCAAAAUGAAAGCCUGCUUGCAUGUGCUGCUUGGAGUUAUUAUCGCGGAAAACCCGCUCUGUUCGAUGAUAUCGCGCGAAUUCCGGAGUCCGGAUUCCAAACAAGUAUAGACUAGAUUUUAGUGUCACACUUUUUCAAAACACUUUUUUCAUCGUAGUUUUUUUUAAUAAAAAAAAGGAAGUAGACACGGAUGCAGAAAACGUUCUUCUUUGGGUGUUUCUAGAAAGCAAGGGCUCAGUUUCUUCAUCCGUUUGUUGUCAGGGUUUUGCAGAACAUGAAUUUCAAUGAGUAUGGAUUCCAAACAUAUGAAUUCCGGAUUCCAAACUUACUUGGAUUCUGAAUUCCUGACCAUGGAUUCCGGAUUCCAUUCGCUGGAUUCCGGAUUCCAAGGACUAAAAAUCUCUGGAUUCCGGAUUACCUUACAUGGGGCAAGUUCCUGCUAGCAGGCUACUAAGAUUAUAAUUAAAACCCAUUAUUGCUACUACUUAGUUUUGCAAAAGUUGGAAGAAUUGUAUAUUCUCUCCAAUUCUGUCCAAAAUUCCAAACAAACAAACGAGCAGUAAUUGUAAGUGCAGAACAUUGUUGGCGGGGGAGGAAGAAAUAGUCUGAAUCGCCUGAAUAUUUUAUUUUUUUUUUUCUCUAAGAAGAACCAAUUUGAUUGCAGAAGGCAGGUCUUUACGCGCAGGUGAUUUCUAUUUUUGGUUUUGAACUCAAUUGACAAGGAACGAUAGGUUUGUAACCUUAUUUAUAUUACCAAGAAAAAAAAAGGUAUCAUAUAUAAGCAUGCUCUAAUUUUACAAAAACAACAUUCAGUUAAUUCUACUUAUUCUAAUAUUAAAUUCAAAGUGAAAAUUUCAUAUCAGAUUAAAAAAUUACUUGGUA